AUGGCCGGUUUCUCCAAUGGCAACCAGGCUGAGAGUUUUGCAAAGAGUCCAACCAUCAAGUUCACCAAGCUUUUCAUCAAUGGACACUUCGUUGAUUCCAUUUCAGGAAAGACGUUUGAGACCAUUGAUCCGAGAACAGAGCAGGUGAUUGCCAGUAUUGCGGAGGGAACUAAGGAAGACGUUGAUCUUGCGGUAAAGGCCGCUCGUCACGCCUUUGAUUUCGGUCCAUGGCCUCGCUUGCCCGGCGCUGAGAGAGCAAGAAUAAUGAUGAAAUGGGCAGAAAUAGUUGAAGAGAACAAAGAAGAAAUAGCAGCAUUGGAUGCGAUUGAUUGUGGGAAGCUGUACCAUUGGUGCAAGGAUGCUGAAAUUCCGCAAGCAGUGGCAGCCCUAAGAUACUAUGCUGGUGCUGCUGAUAAGGUUCAUGGGGAUGUACUGAAAAUGAGCAGAGAGUUCCAAGCUUACACACUUCUUGAACCAAUUGGUGUGGUGGGACACAUUAUUCCAUGGAAUUUCCCAACCUUCAUGUUCUUCUCCAAGGUUGCUCCUUCCUUAGCUGCUGGCUGCACUAUGGUCCUCAAGCCUGCUGAACAAACCCCUCUCUCUGCUUUGUUCUUUGCUCAUCUUGCCAAACUGGCUGGUAUCCCAGAUGGAGUGCUCAAUGUUGUGCCUGGAUUUGGUCCUACUGCUGGUGCUGCUCUUAGCUCACACAUGGACAUUGAUGCGGUCAGUUUCACUGGUUCAACAGAAGUAGGGCGUGAAGUCAUGAAAGCUGCAGCACUGAGUAACUUGAAACCAGUUUCACUUGAAUUAGGAGGUAAGUCCCCAUUAAUAAUAUUUGAUGAUGCUGAAAUAGACAAGGCAGCAGAGCUCGCAAUAGCAGGCAUCAUGUUCAACAAGGGAGAAAUCUGUGUUGCUAGUUCUCGUGUAUAUGUUCAGGAAGGGAUCUACGAUGAAUUUGAGAAGAAAUUGGUGGAAAAGGCAAAAGCUUGGGUAGUUGGAGACCCUUUGGAUCCCAACGUGCAACAAGGACCACAGGUUGACAAGAAACAGUUUGAUAAAGUAAUUUCAUAUAUUGAGCAUGGAAAGAGGGAAGGAGCCAGGCUUCUGACGGGUGGCAAGAGAUGGGGCCACAAGGGUUAUUACAUCGAGCCAACAAUUUUCGCCAAUGUCAAUGAGGACAUGCUUAUCGCACAAGAUGAAAUCUUUGGACCUGUCAUGUCACUAAUGAAGUUCCGCACCAUGGAGGAAGCAAUCGGGAGGGCAAACAACACCAGGUAUGGCCUCGCAGCAGGCAUUGUGACCAACAACUUAAAUAUAGCGAACGCAAUGUCAAGGUCCAUCCGAGCAGGAACCAUCUGGAUUAACUGCUACCUCGUGUUCAGCCUCGAUUGCCCUUAUGGAGGCUAUAAGAUGAGCGGAUUUGGUAGAGAGUCUGGAAUGGAAGCUCUUCACAAGUACCUCCAAAUCAAAUCUGUCGUCACUCCCAUUUACAAUUCGCCAUGGCUCUGAAUUUAUCUCAUUCUACAACCUCGAGCUUCGAUGAGUUUCCAGAAUUCUCUCUGUUUGAAGAAAUCCUGUGGUGAUUUUUGCACCUAAUCGUUUGCUAAUUCAGCUCUUGAUUAUAGACAAUUUCUAC